AUGAGACUCCCUACGUGGCUUCAAAUCGCUCUCAAAAACGCGAUUUUGAUAUUGCCGGCGAUUUUCGUUUUUGUCAUUUAUCCGAGAAAAUUCGUUCGCGAAGAAUCGAAUUUGGAAUACGAUGAGUUCAUAAAGAAAAUGGACGUCGAACGCGGGCACUAUGAGAAGAUACCGAAUUUGGCCGAGAAAAUUUUGAGCUCGUUGAGCGCCAAUGCCACGGAAAACGAUGAGGCGAUUCGAGACGCAAUUUAUGAGUAUUUCACGACGAGCUAUCCGAGUUACUAUGAGCUACUGACCAGCAAGGAUUAUGCGGUGAAAUGGGAAUACAAGAAUUGCGUUUGGCAUGCGUUCCAAACGGUCUUCAAUUUGGGCUAUUGGACGCCGCUGGUGACGAGAUCGAGCUACGGAGACACACUGACGGCCUAUUAUAGCGUUCUCGGAGUGGUUUUGGCAGUUUUUUUGAUAUCGUCUAUGGUGGCCGUGUACAAAUUCUUCAUCGACAUUCUCGGCCAGCUGUGCUUCUCGAAAGAUACGCGACGAUUCCAUAAAGGGAAAGAUGUUCGAAUCAAUUUCAAUCGACGCGAAUUUCUGAAAGCCGCAUUCAAAUUUGGCCUCACUAUAUUAAUUGUGGCGAUUAAUUGCCUAUUGGUGAUGAAUAUGGCGAGACGGCACGAUGAUUGGGAUUGGGAGACGGCAGCAAAAUAUGUAAUUAGCGUAUUAUUGGCCAAUUAUAAGCAUUUGGAAUUAACGCCGAGAAGGAUUCGACAUCUUGAUUUUAAAACGUUCGGAAUUUUGCAAUAUACCUCUUCGCACACCCUUCUUUUCGCUUCUAUGGGAUUAUUUGUGGUUUAUUUCAUUUUAUUCAUGAGGGCUCUGAAAAAAGUUAUUCUUGAUAUUAUUGAUAGCACGACGCGAACCAAAGAGAAAGUUGAAUAA